AUGAUUCAUGAGUUUGCUACAAAUGGUGUUUUGAAUUUGAAUCGUUCUACACUUUGUGGACAUUCUUUCGGAGCUAUUAUUGCCGGUCAUAUUGGUAGUUUGUUAAAUGGUAGAGCAGGUCAAGCGAUUGGUUUAGAUCCUACAAGUAAACUGAUAUCUUUCCAAAUCACUUUUAAAGGAAUGACGAAAUCUAGUGCCCAAUACGUUCAGAUAAUACAUACUGAUUUUAUCAUGGGUGAUAUCAGAGAAUUAGGAACAGCAGAUUUUUACGUCAACGGGGGUAUAAGACAACCUAAAUGUGGUUUAGAUUUUGGAGAACAUUGUUCCCACUUAUCAGCCAUAGAUUAUUACGUGGAAUCUAUAUUAAUGAAUGAUUUUAUAGCGAAGAAAUGUAGUAACUACUUAAUGUAUAUAUGGGGUUUGUGUGAAAGCAAUACCAUUUCAUGUAUGGGUGGAUAUCAUUUGGAUACAAAAGCCCGAGGCAAGUAUUACGUAGAAACAAAUCUGAAACCACCUUAUGGUAAAGGCGAAUGUUCCGUUGAAGAAACCGUCACGAAAAUGAGUUUAUAA